CAAAAUAGUUGGGAAGAGAAUUUCGAUGUAGCGAUUCCAUGUCACAUUGUUUAUGAACAGAUCCACAAAACGACGCCGGAUCCGACACUUGAAAUAGUUUUUUCUAUUUAAAUGAUUAUACAAAAUCGAGCUAAUUGACACGAAUCAACCGAGGCACCCAAGGCCCACAGCAGCCUUUUUCAGUCUCCACGUUUCCAAGUAGUUGCCAGGCCACUUGAUCGUCUACUCUGCUAUCAUUGGCGAUAGGUAGUGUCUGUCAUGCUGGGCCACUGGCAUGGACAUUCCCUAUCCGUAUCCACUAUCUUGAAGCUCACGGUUCUGCUUUACUCAUUGGAGUUCCAUGUUGCCAUUCUCUACCCGUCUGCAAUCUACUGAACGCCUCUUCUUUGCUCGGCUUUAACAGGAAUGAAUACCACGGCCGAAAAGAAGUGUCGGCCAAGAGACAUUUUAUCAUUUUUAACAUGUACAUUGUCUUAGAUUAUUUGAUUAGGGAGACCAUUCGGAAUGAAAUUGAAAACCGGCCGCAUACAUUUUUGUGUUUCAUCGACACCGUGGAGCUCAAGGGGGGAUAUGUGCCUGACUUAUAGCCAUUUUUUUGCAGACAAAGAGAGCUACUGAGUACUGGUUAUAAAAGACAAAAGGGGCUUGGUCACUAUCCAUGGAAAAAGUGGGCAAGAUGUGGAGCAACCUGAGGAAUCGAUGCCAGACCCUCUUCCACAGUGACGGUGCGGGACCCAGUACAGAGAACAGCGUGGUGGAAGAGGAUGGUAUGCACUGUGUGGCGGACCUGGGACGGGGAGAAACUUCAGGAGAGGCCCAGGCAUUUCGGGCCUCCAUCCUUUCCCGAAGCCUCUUGCCGCUUCCCGGGGUUACUGGAGGGCGACGUCACAACUGUGUGUCGGACAUCCCUCAGAUGGUAGAGAGAACCACAGACAGAAAAGACAAUGAGGAAGCGAGGGGGGCUCCUUGGGGAGUCCCUAUGGGCCGGAGAGACUCGUACUCGCGCCAUGCACCUUGGGGGGGCAAGAAAAAACACUCAUGUUCCACUAAGACCCAGAGCUCCAUGGAUACAGACAGGCGGUCUGGACGCGCACGCGGUGCUGCUGGGCGAAGGGAGCGUCGCUACGGGGUCAACUCCAUCCAGGAGAUGGAUGACUCUGGAGACAGGGGGCGUAGUCUGAGCACCCGCUCCCUGCGCCAGCGGCUUAGCGACACAGUGGGCCUGUGUCUCCCCCUUCCCCCCCGCCGCCGCUCCCUCUCCUCCUCCCCCCAAACCCCCACCAUCUCCAAGCGGAAGAUCCACCUGACAGAGCUGAUGCUGGAGACCUGUCCCUUCCCCCAGGGCUCGGACCUGGCCAACAAGUGGCACCUGAUCAAGCAGCACACAGCGCCUGUCAGCCCGCAUUCCUCCACGGCUCUGCUAGACGCCUUUGACCCAGCCCACCCCUCCCCCGAGGACGAGGAGGAGCGUCUGCGCGAACGCCGCAGGCUCAGCAUUGAAGAGGGAGUGGACCCCCCACCCAACGCCCAGAUUCACACCCUGGAGGCCUUGGCGCAGUGCUCCUCUCUGUACAAACUGGGACCAAAGAUGGCCCCUGGCAUUGCAGAGGCCUCUGGGGAGGGCACCAUGGCCAGCUGCUCAGGAGGAGCGGCUGGGUCGUCGGGCUCGUCGUUACAGGUGCUCGGAGGGGCUACAGCCCAGCUGGCUGACUGCGACUCGGAGGAGGACUCCACCACCCUUUGCCUGCAGGCCCUGAGGCCUAAGCUACGCCACACGUCCGGGGAUGGCCAUCUGAGUCGGAACCAGUCUGGGCCCUGGAAGGUGCACACCCAGAUCGACUACAUCCACUGCCUGGUGCCGGACCUGCUUCAGAUCACUGCGCUGCCCUGCUACUGGGGCGUGAUGGACCGCUACGAGGCAGAGGCUCUGCUGGAUGGCCGGCCUGAGGGCACCUUCCUGUUACGCGACUCGGCCCAGGAGGACUACCUGUUCUCGGUCAGCUUCCGUCGCUACAACCGAUCGCUGCACGCCCGCAUCGAGCAGUGGAACCACAACUUCAGCUUCGACGCCCACGACCCCUGCGUGUUCCACUCGUCCACCGUCACGGGCCUACUGGAGCACUACAAGGACCCCAGCGCCUGCAUGUUCUUUGAGCCGCUGCUCACGGCGCCUCUCCACCGGACCUUCCCCUCCGUCUUGCAGCACCUGGCCCGCGCCGCCAUCUGCCGCCGGACCACAUACGACGGCAUCGGCGCCCUGCCGCUGCCCCCGGCCCUGCAGGACUUCCUCAAGGAGUAUCACUACAAACAGAAAGUGCGUGUGCGCUGGCUGGAGAGGGAGCCGCCACUCAAGGUCAAAUAGGGGAGCGGUAUCUGGCGGCCUGUGCGCCGCGGACGGAGUUGAAACAGAAAAAUCCCUGCCAAUCAGGAGAGGCCAUACUGAAUGAACAAAGCACUACUCAGUCAGGCAAGGAGGGGUAACAGGAGAAACAAGGAGUUAGGUGAAGUGAGCUAUCCAACAUUCAUUCUAAUCUCGUUAUUGUUUUAGUUAUCAUUUACAUCACUUGGGAUACAUAUGUAUCAUUAUAUUCAGUACAAUGCUGUCUGGCAAGCACACAUGGUUUUAAAUGUUGAACAGGUUCUGAAAGGGAGAGCACAAGCCUUCAAGCUUUGUGUCCCUCUCACCUCUUUCAUUCUGUCAAGUGUCUGCCUGAUCCCACAGCAUGAGCUGCCUGCAUGCCCUCUCACCCCCCCCGUCUCUAUCUAGGCCCACGUGGUUAGCUAGCUAUGUUGUACAGUUCACUUGUGCUUUCUAUCUUUCCUUUUCCAUUUUCUUGAUCAAGUGACUAUACUGCCUGGCGGGCAUUGUUAGGCCUCAGGUGUAAUGUUAAUCAUCGCUCUCCUGGGAGGGGAGGGGGGGUUGUCCUACAGACAGGCACCCCGACAUCAUGCAUCAAUGGUCUAUCAAAGGUCUAUGUGUAAAAAAAUAAAAAAUAAAAAUAUUUGAAGGUGCUGUUUAGAGGUUCUGUCCUGUAGGUCUUCACCCAAGGGCAGCGUGGAACGUGGCCACGUCCAAGGGUGCUGCUGCUACAUCCUGCCUCCGUACACCUAUAGGGAGCAGGGCAUACACAGGAGUGGGUGUGUGGUUACAGCGACUCCUGGGCUUUUUGAUAUCCUCACUGUGAUUUCUCUAAGCAUGAAUCAUUGUCUCCCACUGCUACUGUGUUGCCACAGAAGUGCGGCUCUUAUAAUGGAACAAUACUAACGAUAUUUGUCCUGGUUGUUUUCUCACGUCUGUCAGUGGCUCAAACUGGCAACAGAGCAGGCACUUUAACUUGGUCUGGUUUGUUUCUGGUCCUGCGUUCUGCCUUCAUGGUGUCACACUGUGCCAUCCUCAGGGUUUACUUGUUAUAAUUCAGGCCCAUUGUUAGGUCAACGAUUGAGCCCAAUGAUAGUGUGUAAAUAUGUUAUCAAGGCAACGGGUGAAAAGUAUAAAAUGUAUUUAGAUUUGGUGACUACAUGUUGGCGACAGCCGUGCGGCCCAAGUAGGCAACGGCAUGGGGAUUUUGUCUUCAGUCUCAAAAACCUGUUUGGGACAGCUAAAUUGUGGCCAAAAUUGUGUAGUGUACACCCAGCUUGACCUAACUAAACUGACCAAGACGUUACUCAAACAACAUACUCUUACAUAAUUCUACCCAAAAACAAUGACAAUUUCUCUCACCCAGUGGAGUAUGGGCUAUUUAGGUAUACCGCUGAUGCCACCCAUUGAUAGGCAGUAGGCCUACCCAGUUUAUCAAAGGCAGGAGGCGCAAAAUAUUGUCCUUGCCCAGCGCGCUUCACCGGUGCAGUACUCCACCAAUGUUCAGUCAAAAGAUUAUCCAACAUAAAUCAUGUAGCCUACCGUAGAAAGUGGCGUUUGCUGUAGCCUCCAUGCUGGAGAUAAAAUGUAUGUCAAUGUCGUGAGACGGACACUUUACUUUAUGCAGGUUUCUCCGAUCAAAUAGCCAAACCUAAAUUGCGCACAAUCGCAUGAAGAACGCUCGUCGACGUAUGACAUGUUAACAAACAACAUUUACAAAAACGGGACGAGUCAAAGUCAAAUGGACAAUAUCUGGAAAGGUAAAUCAAGCUACUCACAGCUAAUGUUCAGGGAGUUUCACCCCUUAGGCUAAAAUGACAUGAUAAUCAGCGAUUUUCAAGUUUGUAUUCGUCCGGUUUUUUUUUCUGCCACGAGCUGCAUCAUAGCGGGGAAAUAAAGACUUCUGCAUUUCCAGCUGUGUGAACACAUGGAUUCUCCUUGUAAAUAGGCUGAGGAUAACUCCUGAUGAUGUUGGGGUAGCUUAUUCAGAGCUUAAAUAGCCCAAAUGAUUAGUCACAGGAAUCAGGACUAAUAAUGGCAAUGCAACUGCCUGUUUUACAAACGGUAGGCCAACCACAUGGAUGGACAUUCAUAAAAUUCCAUUGCGGGCCGACAUAAGGGAGGGCGCAAUUUCUUUUUUGGUCUCAUCUAGGGCAGCAUAAUGGCCAGGAAAGGGCCUGCUUCGCGUUGUCACUGCUAGCCAUGUCCUAUAAUAACCAGCAUAUUGUGAGAGCUGGCAUCAGGAGGACAAAUACAACAAAGCGUAACCUAUGUGCCUUUCAUUAGAGCCUCCUGUUUGAAUCCAUACUUUUUAGGGUCUUUUUUUAAUCUAAUUUGAACUCUUGAGCCUGGCGCAUGGAAUACUCCAGCAGCACUUCCCAUUCAUGUAGCCCUUUAAAUGGGGACGAGGAGGAAAACGAAUGAUGAACGGGAUGACGCGUGAGCUCCGAGCUUGCUCUCUAAUGUUCAUUGGUGCACAUUUUGAUUUAAAAAAAAUAUAUAUAUUUUUUUCAAUUGAACUUAAUGAAGAACAUUUUGUCAAUCCGUUAGAAUAAUUAGCGGGCUUCACUUAUAAAACUCAUUGGGUUUAAUAGGUGUGACAAGAUGUGUGGGGCAAGGCAGCGUCAGGUCCCGGAGGACUUGGACACUGAACAAGCUUUAGAACUGUUCACCUAUAGAGGCGCACAUAGCCACGGGGUCUAUCAAAUCUAAGAAAAUUAGGAAGCCUACAGCUUACAUGUUUAUGGAAAUAUUAUCUGACAAUGUAUACUAAUAUAGCUCUUAACGAAUUAUCGUUGCGAUAUCAGUGAUCCUUUUUUAUUCUGGUCAGAAAGGCAACUCUCAAAUCCCUUCUCUCUGAUUUGCAGGGAAGAUGUUUGUUUUAACUACCCGACACAAAUCAGGUGUGUGUGGAGGGUUAUCAGAGAGGAAGGACUGAAUGAUCAAAUGUGGAAUGAAUGCGUAGGAUUAGCUUAUUCAUGAGCAUCUGUGUCUGUGACCAAAGCGCUGUUAUUCAACGGUGAUGCACACAACCUGUAUUGUUGUCUAGGGCUCUUUUUAAAAUGACAAUACAGACUUGUAUUUCAAAACUUAACAAACGUUUCAAUGGCAGCCAAUCAAAGCUUGGGAUGGAUACAGCAAUUCCAUGGUAACAGAAUUAAGAUGAGACUCAAUAUUUUUCACUAUUAAAAUCUAUACGAAACAAAAACUUUGAUUUCAAAGUUUAGUAAACCAUAUAUCUCUCUGCACAAGGACUACUUUUAACAAUUUCCACAGAAAAUGUUUUGUAGGAAGAACUGCGCAGAUGCAAAGUUUGGUAACAGAAUAAAAACUGAGGGAGAUAAUACCAUAACUAUGUUACCUAACUUUAUCUGCAGUUUUUCCAGUAAAUAUAUAUAUAUCGUCUUUUUCUUAUGUUCAAUUCUUCAAAGUAGUCAUUGUGCAUAGAGUUGUAUUGGUUUGUUAAAUCGAUGGUUUUUGUUUGGCAUACAUUUUAAAGUGAGUCUCAGCAUAAUUCAGUUACCGUGGAAUUGCCCAUAUCCCGAUAAUGCCUGAUUGGCUGAAGUCUACAGGACAUGCGCUGUUACCAGGUAGAAACAGAGACGAGCCCCCAACGCCUCACACCUCAGUCUUGGAACUGCUUUUAAUGACUAACUCAUUGUUCUAUAAUAACAGUGUACUAAUGAAAGGUAAUGUGUUGUGUGUUAUGGUUUGGAGGCAGAAGGGCAGGAAAGUGUUUAAUUGUUAAGGGUCGAUUAGUAUAAUGAUCAAAUCAACAAUGUUUUUAAAAAUAUAUAUAUACAGUAUAUACAGUGGGGCAAAAAAGUAUUUAGUCAGCCACCAAUUGUGCAGGUUCUCCCACUUAAAAAGAUGAGAGGCCUGUAAUUUUCAUCAUAGGUACACUUCAACUAUGACAGACAAAAUUAGGGAAAAAAUCCAGAAAAUCACAUUAUAGGAUUUUUAAUGAAUUUAUUUGCAAAUUAUGGUGGAAAAUAAGUAUUUGGUCAAUAACAAGUUUCAAUACUUUGUUAUAUACCCUUUUGUUGGCAAUGACAAGAGGUCAAAAGUUUUCUGUAAGUUUUCACAAGGUUUUCACACACUUGCUGGUAUUUUGGCCCAUUCCUCCAUGCAGAUCUCCUCUAGAGCAGUAAUGUUUUGGGGCUGUUGCUGGGCAACACAGACUUUCAACUCCCUCCAAAGAUUUUCUAUGGGGUUGAGAUCUGGAGACUGGCUAGGCCACUCCAGGACCUUGAAAUGCUUCUUACGAAGCCACUCCUUCGUUGCCCGGGCGGUGUGUUUGGGAUCAUUGUCAUGCUGAAAGACCCAGCCACGUUUCAUCUUCAAUGCCCUUGCUGAUGGAAGGAGGUUUUCACUCAAAAUCUCACGAUACAUGGUCCCAUUCAUUCUUUCCUUUACACGGAUCAGUCGUCCUGGUCCCUUUGCAGGAAAACAGCCCCAAAGCAUGAUGUUUCCACCCCCAUGCUUCAUAGUAGGUAUGGUGUUCUUUGGAUGCAACUCAGCAUUCUUUGUCCUCCAAACACGACGAGUUGGUUUCAUCUGACCAUAUGACAUUCUCCCAAUCUUCUUCUGGAUCAUCCAAAUGCUCUCUAGCAAACUUCAGACGGGCCUGGACAUGUACUGGCUUAAGCAGGGGGACACGUCUGGCACUGCAGGAUUUGAGUCCUUGGCGGCGUAGUGUGUUACUGAUGGUAGGCUUUGUUACUUUGGUCCCAGCACUCUGCAGGUCAUUCACUAGGUGUGGUUCUGGGAUUUUUGCUCACCGUUCUUGUGAUCAUUUUGAACCCACGGGGUGAGAUCUUGCGUGGAGCCCCAGAUCGAGGGAGAUUAUCAGUGGUAUUUUAUGUCUUCCAUUUCCUAAUAAUUGCUCCCACAGUUGAUUUCUUCAAACCAAGCUGCUUACCUAUUGCAGAUUCAGUCUUCCCAGCCUGGUGCAGGUCUACAAUUUUGUUUCUGGUGUCCUUUGACAGCUCUUUGGUCUUGGCCAUAGUGGAGUUUGGAGUGUGACUGGUGUCUUUUAUACUGAUAACAAGUUCAAACAGGUGCCAUUAAUAUAGGUAACAAGUGGAGGACAGAGGAGCCUCUUAAAUAAGGUCUGUGAGAGCCAGAAAUCCUGCUAGUUUGUAGGUGACCAAAUACUUAUUUUCCACCAUCAUUUGCAAACAAAUUCAUUAAAAAUCCUACAAAGUGAUAUUCUGGAUUUUUUUUCCUUCUCACUUUGUCAUUCAUAGUUGACGUGUACCUAUGAUGAAAAUUACAGGCCUCAUCUUUUUAAGCGGGAGAACUUGCACAAUUGGUGGCUGACUAAAUACUUUUUUGCCCCACUGUGUGUGUGUGUGUAAUAUAUAUAUAUAUAUAUACUGCUCAAAAAAAUAAAGGGAACUCUAAAGAAACACAUCCUAGAUCUGAAUGAAUACUUUUUUCUUUACAUAGUUGAGUGUGCUGACAACAAAAUCACACAUUAUCAAUGGAAAACAAAUUUAUCAACCCAUGGAGGUCUGGAUUUUGAGUCACACUCAAAUUUAAAGUGGAAAACCACACUACAGGCUGAUCCAACUUUGAUGUAAUGUCCUUAAAACAAGUCAAAAUGAGGCUCAGUAGUGUGUGUGGCCUCCACGUGCCUGUAUGACUCCCUACAACGCCUGGGCAUGCUCCUGAUGAGGUGGCGGAUGGUCUCCUGAGGGAUCUCCUCCCAGACCUGGAAUAAAGCAUCCGCCAACUCCUGGACAGUCUGUGGUGCAACGUGGCAUUGGUGGAUGGAGCGAGACAUGAUGUCCCAGAUGUGCUCAAUUGGUUUCAGGUCUGGGGAACAGGGGCCAGUCCAAAGCAUCAAUGCCUUCCUCUUGCAGGAACUGCUGACACACUCCAGCCACAUGAGGUCUAGCAUUGUCUUGCAUUAGGAGGAACCCAGGGCCAACCGCACCAGCAUAUGGUCUCACAAGGGGUCUGAGGAUCUCAUCUCGGUACCUAAUGGCAGUCAGGCUACCUCUGGUGAGAACAUGGAGGGCUGUGCGGCCCCCCCAAAGAAAUGCCACCCCACACCAUGACCGACCCUUUGCCAAACCGGUCAUGCUGGAGGAUAUUGCAGGCAGCAGAACGUUCUCCACGGCAUCAGACUCUGUCACGUCUGUCACAUGUUCUCAGUGUGAACCUGCUUUCAUCUGUGAAGAGCACGGGGCGCCAGUGGCGAAUUUGCCAAUCUUGGUGUUCUCUGGCAAAUGCCAAACCUGUCCUGCACGGUGUUGGGCUGUAAGCACAACCCCCACCUGUGGACGUCGGGCCCUCAUACCACCCUCAUGGAGUCUGUACCUGACCGUUUGAGCAGACACAUGCACAUUUGUGGCCUGCUGGAGGUCAUUUUGCAGGGCUCUGGCAGUGCUCCUCCUGCUCCUCCUUGCACAAAGGCAGAGGUAGCGGUCCUGCUGCUGGGUUGUUGCCCUCCUACGGCCUCCUCCACGUCUCCUGAUGUACUGGCCUGUCUCCUGGUAGCGCCUCCAUGCUCUGGACACUACGCUGACAGACACAGCAAACCUUCUUGCCACAGCUCGCAUUGAUGUGCCAUCCUGGAUGAGCUGCACUACCUGAGCCACUUGUGUGGGUUGUAAACUCUGUCUCAUGCUACCACUAGAGUGAAAGCACUGCCAGCAUUCAAAAGUGACCAAAACAUCAGCCAGGAAGCAUAGGAACUGAGAAGUGGUCUGUGGUCACCACCUGCAGAACCACUCCUUUAUUGGUGGUGUCUUGCUAAUUGCCUAUAAUUUCUACCUGUUGUCUAUUCCAUUUGCACAACAGCAUGUGAAUUGUAUUGUCAAUCAGUGUUGCUUCCUAAGUGGACAGUUUGAUUUCACAGAAGUGUGAUUGACUUGGAGUUACAUUGUGUUGUUUAAGUGUUCCCUUUAUUUUUUUGAACAGAGUAUAUCCCUACCCGCUCUCGUCUCCUAAACCUGGUCUCCUAAAACAAAUCUGACAAGUUACUGCAGUGAGUCAGCAACAUUUCCCCCCGCACUUUUUCAAAAAGCUUGAAGAUUGCAUGUUAUUAUGGUCCAUUUGUAAGAUCUAUGACCAUUACUUAUGGGCUGUGGGGGACUGUUUGAAAGAAACACGUUGGCAUAUAAGUCACUUGCAUGUGCACUUUUAUGUUCUAUGUCCACAUCGUCUCUCGAUAGCCCAUACAAUACAUCAGGGUUAUCUGUUAACUCACUGUCCUGCCCACAUGCGCUCGCACACACCUACUCUUUACCACCUACCAUGCUACGGCCUACUGGCACCCGUGGGCGUUAAAUUUAUCUUGCCGGGAUCUAAAUGUCCUGGGUGCUAAAAUGGCCAUUGUUUCCUAAUGGGUGCUGUGUGACUCUUCGUCAGGGAGACAGUUUUCUCCCCCCCCGCCUCUCUUUCUGAGACCACAUCCUCAACAUCACCCUGCUAAUGCUGCUGGGAUAAUGUGGAGUGGACUUGGGGCCUGUUGAAGCAGACUGCCCUUUCACAUGCUACUCCAGCCCUGUUUGGGAGCCAGGCUAAAGUUGCCAUUAAAAGAGUAGCGCCUCAGUCACACAACCUACCAUUUGAAUGCCCAGUUUCCUGCUGUGCUAAUGGGGUGGGGGGUUUACGGAUUUGUUGAAGUAAUGGCACUUUAAUUGUGUGUGCGUUUUGUGUUUAUUCGUUCGUGGUGAGGUUGUGUGAAUGUGGGUGUGCCGGGAGAAGAUGGUGGUCCUGGAGUAUUUCAUUUGUGUUCGUACAUUAUAAGCAAUGUUGGAGGACAUGCAGAUUUAUGUUCUGUUGACCUGCAGACUCACAGGUGUGUGUGGACAGAGCCACAUAGAGGGUUCCGGUGGAGUCUGCUGUGAGGGGUGAACACCUAUGAACAAUGGUUCUUUCCCCACUUAUUCUCAGGCAGGCCCGCUGUCAGGCUAGUUCCAGGAUCUAUUCUCCACCCCCGUUUUCCCCAUGGGAAAUAUCUGUGACCGUUACACUACUAGCACGUUUGCCAUAUGGCCUGUAGAAGAAACACCCUUGGAUAAUUAAGAAUAAAUUUAAGAUUUUUUUUUUUAACCUGUGGUGCAUAAAAUGUCUGGAACACAUGCACUAAUUUUCAUGUACACACACACACAUUGAAAUACACACUUGCCUAAUACCAGGGAUGUCUAAAGAAGGACCACAUUUUGCCAGCACCACCUGUCUGUGGCCCCAGAAAUGGGAAAACAAAGAAAGGUGUUUACAUGUAUAUUCUGUAUGUAAAAAAAUAUAUAUAUAUAAAUAUCAUUCAAAAAAAGAUGCCGUGAAUUUACUAUUUUGAAAAACUAUAUCAGUGGUAGAAAGACACUAUUAGCUGCACUAUAAAAUGUUUGUGGAAAGAAACCACUGGGUCUUGUUAUAAAUCUGAGACAGGCAGGUCAUAUCACCAGCUGUCCCUGUUUGACCACGUCAUGACCCCUGGCUUGGAUCUAGUACUGGAUGUCCCUGGUACGGCUCAACCUUUCAGCUCUUAGAGGAAAAAUGCAGUUUUAGUCUCAUCUUACCCCCUAUUUUUUUAGGAAAGCUGGGUAAAAAUGCUAUAUGCAAAUGGUAAAAAAAAAAAGAUGUAUGACUAAAGUUUUAUUAUUUUUCAUCCUAUUAUGCAAUGGAGUGUACUGUAACAAUGGUUGCAAUCCUCUGUCACUUUAAUGCUGUAUGUGCACAUUGGUUGCUGUGUGGAUGUGGGUGCCAUGGCGAUGGUGACUAAUGGUUGUCAUUCUAAAGCACCAUUGUGUUCUCAGACUGCCUUAUUCAUUCUGACCAAUCACAAGAGUCCUCUGAAAUCUGGGGCUACCACCACAGGCUUACCAAACUUGGGUCAGAUGAAUAUCGCCGUUCCAUUUUCUCUUUUUUCUUUUUCUCUCUUUAUAAUUUUUUUUUUUUUUUAAACUGCUGUCAGGAAGGAUUUUGAGAGUGUAUAUUACGUAAUCAUGUUCACAUUUCAGUCUUUGUUGUUCUGUGUAUCUGCUUCACCAUUCAGACAGUUGUUUAUUUCCAGUAUAACCUGUUCAUUUUUAAAGAACCAUAUGAUGUGACACUUGUAGCUGUCACUCUUGGUGCUUGGCUUAUGCUUCAUUGUCUUAAUAUUCCAAAUUAAACUGUUAAGUGUAAUCCA